UUUCUAUAAUCGACACAGAGUCGAAGAGAACCGUCCUUCUUUUUAACAACUACUACAGGGCUUGCAUAUUCAGACAAAAACACACAUAAGAACAAUAUCAAAUAUCGUGUGGAGGUGAACAGAAAAAUGUGCUCAGGAAUAAUUAUGCUAUUAGAAGACUCGAAAAAUGAUAUUAUAAAGCGACUGAAAAGUUUGAAAAGGUUGUCUAGUAUUCCGGAACGCUUGAUGAUAACAGCAUCAAGUGGUGGCACAUCGUCUGAUGAAAUCAUUGAUGAUUCACUGACAAUGAAUAGUAAGGCAUCUUCGAAAAAUACACAAGAAAAGAAUUCCGAUUUGGAAAAAAUAUUAACAGCAAAACUGUAUAAGUUGACGCAGUCUACAAUGAAAGAUGUCGAUGAAAAUCAAUCUCAGUUUAUAAGUCCCAACAAGGAGAGAGAGCAUAUUAAUGUACGACGCAAAGCUGACAGAGCAAAAUUGAGUGGUUCGGAUUGCUGGGAAUGUGAAAAGUAUUACAAGAAUUUGUCGCUGUCAAAAGACGAACUGCAGAAGAGAAAAAAUAAAUGCUCACGACAUCGACGAAAGUACGAAAGGCCAAUAACACCAGAAGGAUUUUGGAAUCCCGAAUUUCCUGACACACAGUCGUCGGAACGAGUUGGAAAAUGUAUAGAACCAGUACUAGAAAAGGGUUGCAGUAAUUCGAAGAUUACAAAUGAAGAACACGACCCAUUACAAACUUCUACAUGUGAAACAACCACCGAUGUAGUCAAUGAUGUAGACAACCAUGAUGUAGACAACGAUGAUAUAGACAACCAUCUUUCAGAGUUAAAAGAAAAAGUAUCGUUACUUCGUGAACAAAAGUCGAAAUUACAAUCACGGAUUAAGGAAUUACACGAAUAUAACAACAAUUUAGAGGGUGAACGCAAAGAAAUGAAAAAAAAGCUGGAGAAAGUAACGUCUGAGUUGACAAAUGUAAGAAAGUUAAACGAACGACUGCAAACAGCGUUAAUCGAUAAAACUAACGAAUGCGAAACAACAUUGAAAACUGUAUUGACUUCCAAUAUCAACAUGCAGUACGAAAAUAAUUUUCCACCAAUUGGGACAAGACAGUCUACUAGUGGGAUGAUUCACAUUGGGCGAAACGAGUGGAUGAGUGAAAUCCACUAUAACAGAGUGUUGAACUCGUCGAAAACUCCUCGCCAAUUUGCAAGUAAUAUUAUUCUUGCUAAUUUCGAUGAUGAAUUGCUCAUGACUAGCACCGUUACAGGAUACACUACUGCACAACGCGGUAAAAAAAAGAAAUGCAAUAAACUGGAUGAAAAGAAAUUGAGAGCUUGUGAAGAUGCAUACAAGCAUUGUAUAAACAACGUGUACAAAACCAAAUUUGCCGAUACUCCUGACAAAGAUAAUUCUAUGAGAGAAAUGUCUAAAUUUUAUUACUAUGUGGGAAAAAACUUGCUGAUUUAAAGAAAAUAUGUGAAGAUACCGAUGAAGAUCAAUCGAUUGAUGAAGGAAGCGAGGACGUUGUUGAUGAUUCACAGAUGAAUGAUGAAAAUGCGAGGCCAAAAAA